AUGAGUGAGGCGGUUGAGAAGCAGCCUGGCAAGCAAGAUGCGCCGGCUUUACAACCUCCCACCGACAGUGAAGGCCACCCCGUUCGCGAGUGGAUCGAUACGCUGCUUCAGGCGGCCGUGAUCGCGAAGGACAAGCAAAAGAAACCGGUCCCUGGGCAGGAUGAGGCUUCUACCACGGACGUUGCCGCUGAUGACACAACUAUUACUGCUGCUGCUAGUGAAGCAAAUGCAGUAGUUCCAGCUGCUGAAACUCCGAGCGAAGCGGGUAAGGAGGUAGAAGACAAGACCGAGGCAACGCUUGUCCUAGAUGCAACAGACGCCCUUGGAGAGGAUAAAGCAGAAGCCCCAACGCUCGACAAAGCCGCACCUAUUCCGGCUGCCAAGCGAUACCGUCGCCGCCGUUGCGAAGUUGAAGGCUGCACCAAGUUUGCUCGUUUUAAUAACAUGUGCUCCGGGCAUGGUGGAAGGCGAUUGUGUGGUGAAGCUGGUUGCGAGCGCGUCGCGCAGUUCGGCCACAAGUGCAGUAAGCAUGGCGGGAUAAAGUUCUGUAGUAUCGAGGGGUGUCGUCGAGCUGUGCAGUCGCGCGGCUGCUGCAAGACCCACGGCGGAGGGGUGCGAUGCCAACACCCUGACUGCACGAAGGGCGCCAUCUCCAAAGGUUUCUGUCGAUCACACGGUGGCGGGUCCCGUUGUGCGGAGCUUAACUGCCAAAAAUGGGCCCAACGCCACGGAUACUGCGUACGCCACUCAAAGACUAUAAAUGAAGUUAAGCCGACACCAAUCCAGCCAGAUGCGGAGCUCAUAGGGGACGCAACAAUUCCAUCGCUUGAGCCUCCACCGCCAAUUAACAUCUCGACCUAG